AUGACUCCUUGGUAUAUGGAAAGCAUUGCUGUGGUGCUGGAAGAGGAGACUGGAUCUUCCUCUUUCUCAUUGGAAGGAAUGGUUUUCACUUCGCAGACGAGCUUUCCCGAUGCUGUCGAAGAAAAGCUACAGAUCGGGUAUCACGGCAACAGACCGGUCUACUCCUACCUAUUCCCAGAAUACGAAGUUUGGGCUCUCCGGAACCAUAUAUACACAUUAUACACGAAGUAUCGGUGCGAGCCCACAGAUCCAACCGAGGACGCCUUCCCGAUACUCACGAAGGAGAUAUUGCACGUCAAGUUCAUUGAACCGUUUUCUCAUAUUAAGCACCCUGAUUUCUCUGAACAGCAAAAUAUAAGGAACCUAGACGCAUUUAUAAAAACUUGCUUCCUUGUCCGUGGCUUUAUGGGUGGUGGACUCACAGUGGAUGUGGGUAGUCAUUUUAUACUGUCACUUGAACGCGCAGUGAGAAAGAUCCAGGACGGCUCCGAUUGGUUCGAGGUGCAUUCCUAUGAAGAGUUGAGCGAGGGCAUAGGGCGCUCUUCCGAAUAUCUUACCAGCAGGAAAGCCAACCAUCCGAGACGAGGAAGGAUAGAGCCCGAGCCGGUAACUUCUACCACAAGCAAGACUCCCACAGAGGAAGCGAGUUCAGAAGCGCAGGAGCUGCCUAACUUGCGCCAAUCUAGGAGACCCAAAAGGAUACCGUUUACUUGCCCAGAAGACACUGAGACGGACAUUUCGGCAAGCUCCGAAAAUCCAACUAUUGACAGCAGCGAAAGUUGGCUUUCCUCGUCCGGUGGGAGUGAUAUUUCGGCGCAUUCUGAUUAUCCAUUUUCCAGCGAAUCCGAAGUUUCGGCCGAUACCGUCUAUCCCCAUUCCGAUGGCUCGGAUAAGAGCAAGGGACAAGGUGAGGCAGCAACUUCUUCUUGCAACACGAGCCCUAAGAACCAUCGACGUAACAUGCAGGGUAUCCGCAUGGAUACAACCAGGGAGCAUAUCGUUUUCAACGGUGGAAAUAUAAACGGAACGAAUCCAGACUCGCCUGAUGGUCCUGCACAAGAAUGUGCGUCAGGCCAGCAAACCAGUUGCGAUGGCCAUAAAAACAGCGACACUUCAGGCACAAGCGCCUCAGAUCCCGGAGCCAUAACACACCCAAUCUCGGAUCUCAUCAUGCCAUCCGGAGACUCACCAAAACUUACAUCGGUCAUUCCCGGCUUACAGGGUGAGAAACUCUCAGAUGAAGGCUCUAGUCACGGACAUGAUAUCACCGCCCAAGCUUUGUCUGAGGAUCCAACAGUGCCUGUGCGAGAAGGAUUGAUUGCUUCCUAUCUCGACCUACACCGAGACCAGAAACAGGACCACGCCGCCAAGGAGGCCGUUGAAGCUGAAAAUGCGACAUUAUCUCACAAGACCAAACUACUUCAGACAGAGCUGGAUCAGCUGAGGAAAUCCGUGCAAGAACUUGAGGAGGAAAUGGCAAGUAAUAAGCGAAAAUUGGACCAGCUUCGUGCCAGAUGA